GUAACUACUGUAAACGCUCCUCCUCCAAGCUGCGCGUUCUUCGCAAAAACCAUGUACGGGAAACGAUUUCUGGCGGAAGAGCAGACUCCUCUCGAUCAAGAGCACACCAGACAGCGCUUUACUGGCAAAGUAGCUGUAGUGACAGGCGGGGCCUCCGGAAUAGGGCGGGGAGUAGUGGACCGCUUUACGAAUGACGGCGCAAGCGUUGCAAUUGUUGACAUUGACAGCGAUUUGGGAAAGAAAGUUAGCGAAGAGCUAUCGGGCAAAGGAUUCUCAGUCCAAUACUACAAUGUUGACGUCUCCAACAAAGGAAGUUGCGUGCAAGCAGCGCAGGACUUUGCGAAACUCAACGGGGGCCGCAUACACUUCUUAGUAAACUCGGCAGUUUAUUUUGGAUCGCAAGGACUGAAUGCCGAGCGCAGCGACUGGGACAUGAGCUUCAAAGUGAACGUCGAAGGCUAUGCCAACAUGGUGCAAGCUUGCUUCCCUCACAUGAUGGCAGCCGGCGGACGAGAAUGUGCCAUUGUCAACGUGGCAAGCAUCUCAGCACAUAGGGCGCAGCCAACUCGAUGGACUUAUUCUGCUACUAAAGGAGCAGUGGCUACAAUGACAAAGUGCAUGGCUCUUGAUCUAUCAACACAGGGAAUCAGAGUUAACUCCGUUAGUCCAGCUUGGAUAUGGACACCAGAGGUUGCCAAGGCAGCUGAAUUCAAUAGAAUCAAAUAUGAACCUACCUGGGGACCAUUCCAUAUGCUACGUCGAAUGGGAGAAACUUCAGAAGUAGCAGCUGCCAUUAGCUUUCUUUGUAGUAAAGAUGCCUCAUUCAUAACAGGUACAGACCUACCAGUAGAUGGUGGCUACAUGAGUAUGGGACCAGAAGGUCUGGGAGAAAAGUCAUGUUUUGCUGGAACAAAAAAGUGAGGCAUAAAAGAACACUAGACCUUUCCAAUUGUAAGAGCAUGUGCUAUGUUCAAUUAAUUCUAUGUGAUUGUUUUGGAA